GCUUGCAGUAGGCGUUGAUCUAGCCUCUCAUCCCAUUUCUCUAGUCCACAUGCCCUUCUCCUAGUAUUGUAUCCGUGUAAUCGAGUAGCAAAUCUAAUACAGUUGCGCGAUCCUCGCUCUCGAUUAGAUUGUUGUUGUCCUGAACCGAGGAAAGGAGAUGUCGGACGAGGAACAUCAUUUCGAAGGACCUGGAGGUCUAACUGGAACCUUCCAGCAGCAGGCUAGCAGCAUUCGAAGGAACGGCUACAUCGUCAUCCAGAACCGCCCAUGCAAGGUUGUGGAGGUUUCAGCAUCUAAAACUGGGAAUUAUGGUCAUGGCCAGUGCCACUUUGCUGCUAUUGACAACUUCACUGCCGAGAGAUUUGAAGAUACCGUGCCAUCUUCUCAUAACUGUGAUGUUCCUCAUGUGAAUCGCACUGAUUACCAGCUCAUCGAUAUAACUGAGGAUGGAUAUGUGAGUCUGCUUACUGAAAAUGGUAACACUAAGGACGACCUCAAGCUCCCAACAGAUGAAAGCCUGCUGACUCCAUGUAAAACAUUGGGUUGUCGCUUUGGUUGUCUGUGCAAAUUCAGAGUUAGCUUUAAGACAUUUCAGGGAUCCAAGUUUGCCAAACAGAGAAGAACUAAACUGAGGAAGCAAUCGAGCUAGUGAUGGAGGGUCACGUCCUGCAAGCUGCGAGCAUAAGAGAUGGGGGGACUUGCUUCACUCCACGACGGCGGCAUGAAGCUAUAUGCGCGUAUGACCAGAAGAGAGCAAGGAUUGCUAGAGGGAAUCCAUGGAGAUGAAAAAAAAAUUCAGCUACCUGCAGCUCCUUCAGCAUGCACUAGCGGCUCCGCCCGAGAUUGAGACACCUGUGGCACCGCCGGCGGUGCGUGGUCCGCCACGCCGUUGCAGCUCUCACAGCUGCUGCCCUGCGAUGACGGCUCGCCGCCGCUCCGGUGACUGUCUGUGGUGUGGCAUGGGCAUCUUCGUAGCUGCGGCCACAGGGCGGGAGGGGACUACUUGGAAGCAGAGCGAGGACAGGGCGCCUGGCCUCCACUGCCCGCCACGGCGCGAGGCGAGGAAGCGGAGCAGAGGAGGCAAUGCCACUUUGGAAUAGCUGGCAAACCCCCACGUCAUCAAAACCACCUGCAAUACUGCUAAAACCACCGUGGGGGUUAACUGUCUGGUUUUGCAAACAUAGGGGGGUCAUGUGCCCCAAUCUAAACUUAGGGGGGGUUAGGGUCCCAAACUCGAUAGUUAAGGGGGUUAUGUGGACUUCUUUCAAUUAACUUACAAGCUACUUAUUUUGUACACUCUUGUAGUUUAAUUUGGUAGCCUACUAGCACAUAGAAGUUGAUUGUAAGUAUUGUUGAAUUUUUGUUACUCUAGUUUAGAAUGUUUGUUUAACACAUCAUCAACUCUCUAUAUGCUUUGGAUUUCGGGAA